UGCUUGGCCGUUUGAAGCUAACCUUUGCGCAAAAUGCAACAGCCACAUCCAUUUUUGAUACCUUACAAGAUCAGCUAUCCUUCCAAGGAGUUUUGUAGUCUCUUCUUCCCUCUCUAUUAUCGUUUUCAGUGUGAUUUUGACUUGUCCUGGUUGAUCUGCUUCUUAUUGGAUAAUACCUGGAAUUUUCUGAAGCCUUGAUGACACACAUGUAAAUGAGAGAUGGAUGUGCAGAUGGUGACAUGGGAGUCCAUUUCCUUUAUGUGGUGUCUCUUCUCACUUCCUAUUUGGAUUUUGUUUUCAAAUUAUAAGAUGAGGGUUUUAGUGUAUUGCUAUUCUUUUGACAUGGUGCCAUGUUGUCACAGGAAGUUCAUUCUCAUGCACCAGGUAGGCCACACAGUUUCUUAUGGGCAGGGUUUUUUCAUGAAUCUGCAGCCAUCUGAAGCAGAGGCAGGUUUUGAUAUCUGGGUCCCUCCGAAUGCUGAUGAAGAAUCUUUGGAGAAACGCAUUGCUGAAGAAUGGGCACCUUCUUCCCGUAACUUGACAUUUGAGGUAUGGAAGAACUUUAUAGUCUUUGAUUAUUUCUAUAAUUUAUGUAGGUUUAAUUUGAGCAUUCGCCGAGUACUUGCUCCUGAAUGAGCUAAAGUUUAUUAUUAAGCAUCUCCCAAAUUUCUAAUUA